GCGUUGUUUAAAAUCAGUCUUAAUUGAGUCGCGAUUGAGUACGUUUGCUAAAUCUAGUGAUUGUUACUGUUUUAUUUGGUCAAAAUGAAACUCUUCAUUUUGUUCGCUACUCUGCUAGUAGGCGUAAUAGGUGUUAACGUUUCUACCGCAGAUAAUCCUGCACCAAGAUUAAUCUGCUAUUAUGAUUCAACUAGUUUGAUUCGUGAAGGUCUUGGUAAACUUACCACAACCGAUUUGGAACCAGCAUUACAAUUCUGUUCGCACAUGGUUUAUGGUUAUGCUGGUCUACAUAAUGACAACAGCAAACUUAUCAGUUUGAAUCAAAAUCUAGACUUGGACGCUGGAAAAGGACAUUUCCGUACAAUAACCAAUUUCAAGAAAAAAUACCCCCAUUUGAAGAUCCUGCUAGGUGUUGGUGGUGGACGCGAUGAAAAUCCAGAAAAAUAUCUUUCCAUGUUGGAAGCAAGUGUGAAUCGUAUGGCUUUCAUAAAUAGUGCACAUGCUUUGGUGAAAACUUACAAUUUCGAUGGCAUUGAUUUGGGUUGGCAAUUCCCUCCAAAUAAGCCAAAGAAGAUUCGUGGUAGCAUUGGUAAAUUCUGGAAGGGAUUUAAGAAAAUUUUCAGCGGAGACUCUGUGUUGGACGAGAAGGCCGAAGAACAUAAAGAAGAAUUCACAGCAUUGGUUAGAGAGUUGAAGAAUGCUUUCCGUCCUGAAGGAUUUUCAGUGUCAUUGACUGUUUUGCCAAAUGUAAACAGUUCAAUUUUCAUUGAUGUUAACGCCAUCGUCAACUACUUGGACUUUGUUACCCUGGCUGCAUUUGAUUUCCAAACACCCACCCGUAAUCCCAAGGAAGCUGAUUUCCCUGCACCUUUGUAUGAACUCAACGAACGUAACCCUGAACAUAACGUCAACUAUCAAGUGCAAUACUGGUUGAAUGGUCAUUGCCCAGCUACUAAAAUCAAUGUGGGAAUUGCAGCUUAUGGUCGCGCAUGGAAAAUGUCAUCGGACUCUGGCAUCACUGGAGUGCCUCCAAUUCCAGAAACCGAAGGCGAAGCCCCAGCUGGUCUUUCAAGUCUUACGCCAGGAUUUUUGAGCUGGCCAGAGGUGUGUUCUAAAUUACCUAAUCCAUCGAAUUCACAUCUUAAGGGUGCAGAUGCUCCUUUGCGUCGUGUUGGCGAUCCAACUAAACGUUUUGGUACUUAUGCUUAUCGUAUCCCUGAUGACAAUGGUGAGCAUGGUAUGUGGGUGGGUUACGAGGACGCUGAUACAGCUGGCAAUAAGGCAAGCUAUGUUCGCGCCAAGGGACUUGGUGGAAUAGCUCUGUUCGAUUUAUCUCAUGAUGAUUUCGGUGGAAGAUGCACUGGCGACAGAUAUCCUCUAUUGAGGGCAGCUAAAGCUAGAUUGUAAAAUAUUCUUUUGUAAUUAUUAAAAAAAAAAUAAAAUAAAAAUUUUUUAAAGACAA